GUCGCUUGAACCGAAUGGGCUACGAUGGCGCCGCCGUCUAGAGAGGUCAUCGACCUCACCGUCGAUGACGAUGACGACGGACGGCCGCCCCAGAAACGGGCAUAUCCCUUGUCACCUACCAAGGCUGAGCGACUGCGAGCCCUCCGCGACAGGCUUCGGGACGACAUCGCGAGCUACGAGAACCUCAUCGCGCAGGGCGUUCCCAUCCCCCAUGGCCACCCCUACGUGCCGCCCCGAGCUGUGCCGCCCCGAUCUGCUCAGAAUCGGAGGGACUACAUUCCUAUCGUCCCCAGUCCUCCCUCCCCACCGCUUCAGCCAGUCGCGAAACGACAAAAGCUCUCCGGGACUCCGAGUGACGUCUUGAGCCAUGAGCAGCUCAUGACCAAAUCUAUCGGCCUACACCUGUCCGAGUAUGCGAAGGCCGCCGUGGUACCCUUCAGGAACAAGGAUGUCGACGAGGAUAAGCUCAAGGCAGAGAUCCAAUCGGCCCUUGCAAGAGAAUACGAAGAUACGGUUCGGCAGAAUGGAAGGCUACCCGACGACCUGGUCGGCGCUGUCACUCAGCGUGCCAGAAACUUAGCUAAGAGCUACGCUUCUCUGCCGGGCUUUCGACGAAUGCAGUUUGUUCACUCGACACAAAACGGUGCCCCAGCAGCCCAAAAGAACGCGAUCCCUAUCUCUCGACCUCCCGGCCUUGCAAACCGCCUUGCAAACCGCCUGCCUCCUGUGAAUCGACCGCUCGCUCCUGCCGCCUUCGCAGCGCAGGCGCUUCCCAUUGGACCACCGUCUAUUACAGAACCGACUCCGAGUCCAGUCCAGAGCCUCUAUCGCUUCCCAGACACCGUUGAGACACCGCAGCAGCACCAGGCCAGGCAGCCCAUCGCGCAGCAUGGCCCAGCUCGAGCCACACGAUCCCAAGAUACUGUGGUGCCGAUGACGUCUCACCCCUCAAACGCACCUCGCCCUCCGCGGCCGAACACACCUCUUGCCUCCAGAAAAACGAGAUCUGCUGCAAAAACAGCUCCGACUUCCCCGACAAACUACCGGUCUCGUGCUAAGGUCGCGGCUUGGAAGUCCAGGAAGGAUGGCCAUGAGGUGCAGCAGCGACCCACUUCAGCAUUCUUCUCUCUCGAGCUCCGUCCAUAUCUUAAGGCGAAGGACAGGCAAGAGAUCUUGAACCGAAGCGGCCGUCUGAGUAGAAUAGGACCGGACCUCCUGAACAAGCCCCAUAUCUUCCACGUGGACUUCACUCUAGAGGAAGCUCGUGAGCUCCAACUGGCGGCUCGGCAAGUUAUGGGGUCCGAGACGAUGCAUAACGAUCCGGUUAAGGGCCUGGCCAAACUUCUCAAGCGUUUCAAGAGCGGAAGUGAUAUCGAUCGCCUCGUCAAUCAACUCCAAACCGAUCGCAGAGAUACAGCCGCCAUCGCUGGCUUCCUCCACGAUGUGUAUCAAAAGAAAGCUAGGGUUGACGAUCCACGACUGCUUUCAAUAGACAAAGAUGUCUUUGACAGGCGCGGUGAAGCUCUGCGAGAGAGCCGUCUUUCAUCGCUUCUGAUGGCGCGAGAGGUCACCGGCAAUUGCUUCAGAACGACCCACAUGAGACAUCUUACCAAUGAGUUCCACAAGAGCCUUGAAGACGGUCUUGAGCUCCGGACAGAGUUCACCAACUGCGCUGGCGAUGUCUCCGCAGUCAGCUGGGUAUCGAACUCUGCGUACAUAGCCGGUACGACCGUGCAUAUGGAUACCCACAACCAGCAAUACAACAAGCCCGGGAACCUUCUGCUGGGCUCAGUCGCGCCGUCACGCAUCACUUUGAAGUCUUAUCCCGACCACCGCAUUCCUCGUCCGAUUGUUGAGAAGGGUGAGAAUUCUACAAACGAUAUGCGCGAAUCUCAGGACCCAUGGCUGUACACGUCAGUUGUCUCGUCCGAUUACGACCCAAUACACGACCGGACCUAUACAUCUGGUUUUGACCGAAGCGCCAAGGUCUGGCGGGUGGACAAGUCGGGGCCCUCGAUGCAAUGUAUCGGAACAUGGAUGCACAAAGGCUUCGUCAACUUUGUGCAGGCUUCGCAGCUGGGCCACCCAACAGGCCUGGUUGCCACUGCCGCCGACGUGCCCACCGAGGCUGUCAGAAUCUACACCGUCAACCCCGAGGAUAUCUCAGGAAGCCCAUAUAGUUCAUUUUCGGCUACCAGGGUACCGGACGCUGACGGAACCUUCUCGAACAAAUGGACCUAUUUUCCGUCGACAAUGAAAUGGGGCGUAGAGGAAAGCGUUCGCCAUCUUUUGCUGGUUGGCUUCUCCCCGCGCACUCUCACCGAUGAUGACAAUGACAUUCCUGAGGAUCGCCUGAACACCGGCGAGCUGUGCCUAUGGGAUGGCAUCACGGGACAGGCGAUUCGGAUCCCGGGCGCAAAGACCCAAAACGUCUUCGAGGUGCUAUGGCACCCAUAUCGGCCCGAGUUCAUCGCGGCAUCUUCACCAGCAGGCGACUUUGAUGCUGAUAUUCGAACGCAAAUCAGGAUCUUUGCUAGAGACAAGACCCCUGAUCAGGAUGUUCAGUUUAGAUUCGUGAAGUCUUUCGACUGCACAGCUGUUGACAUCAAUGAGCUCACCAUCAUGCCGAACAGUCCUGCGUUCUUCUACAUCACAGCCGGGUGUACGGAUGGCAAGACGUACGUGUGGGACUCGGCUCAACCGGAGAGCUUUAGGAGGAGACCUAUUCAUGUGCUCGCUCACGGGCCCCCUCUGGCGGGCAUCGCUGUGGGCGACAACGAAGACGACACCGGCGUCAAGUUUACAGCGUGGGCGGCGUCGCUGGAUCGGUUUUACACGGGAUCUUCGGACGGAGUAGUCAAGGUUUGGAAUAUCCGAGGACGAAAAGCCAAAGGCAGAGUUAUCCUCGAGGCGCCAGCCCAGAUCUCGCACGGGGCCUUCUCGCCUGACUACUCCAAGCUCGUGAUCGGCGACGCAAGCGGGCGUGUCUUCAUCCUAUCCGUCGGCGAAGAUGAGGAGAAACCACCAUCCUUUAUCAACCUGUCCGGCCCUCCGGGGUUGGGUUCGAUGAUACGGCGCAGACCAACGGCAAUCACGCCACAUGGCGAGCCUCCGCCUCCGCCAGAGCUCCUCCAGGCACGCGAGACGAAUGCCGACCUGGGACGCGCCUAUGUCGCCGAGAGGCAGCUCAAGUUCAGCGGAGAUAUCACGGUGGGAAUGGUCCAGGACGUCAAUUACGCCGAGACGGGGCUGUUUAGGCCCGAGGCACACGCCGACCACGACCCGGCCAAGGAUCUCGUGGCGUGGGUCGAGAGCCAGCAGCAGGCCAACCUGAAGAUGUUUGCCAAGGCUCCCAUCCGGACUAAACGCGUGGGGAGAAUCAGCUCAUCUGGCAGAGAUGCGGACAAUAUGGCCAUCGAUGGGGAAGAGUCCGGGGCGGCUGACAUGACGAGACGACAUGAAGACAACUGCAGGCUCGACCUGGACCUUGAGGGCUUGAGCCUCGAGACCCGAGAGGCACUGGAAAGAGACCGCGUCCCACUGCAAGAGCUCCGCGAUGGUGUGGACUACUGCGGGCUCGACUAUGUCGACGAGGUUGAGGAGAACCUCAAGAAGGGUGUCGUCGAUCGGAGUAAGGAAGACGACGACGGCAUGGGCUACUGAGUGGAGACUGCUGCGGUCGCUUGGGCGGCCAGUCUGGCUGGCAUAUGGCAUUUACUGUCAACGGACGCGAGGCGAGGCAAAGACCUUGACUGCUUGAGCUUUACUUGCAUGGGAGCGAGGCGCCGGAGAUCAUAGCUUUGUAUGCCCCGAAUUUUGGCAUCGCAAAGUGUGAAGGGUAUGGAAUGGACUUGGUGUAUCAUGUGCUGGAACUGGUGUCCUUUGCCAGGGACGAAGAGAUCAUUUGCGCAGGCUGAGCACCGUGUAUAUUUGUGCUUGCUCCCACGUCUUGUCAAG